GCCCCAAAGAGAGAGGCUAAAGAAGAAGAGCAGUUUAUGUUUUUGUGAGUCUCUCUUCUUCUCUUUUGUAAAAUUUACACAUCAAAAGCAACGAAAGCUUUAAACUUUCCUUUCUCCUUUCUCUUUCACUGCCAAAUUUUUUCUAAACCCACAAAAAUGCGAAAUUUCGAGAGAAGAAAUUGAAACGAAUCCAAUUCCCUGGAUUCGAGGGUUCUUCUCCACUCCUCUCACUUUGGUUUCUAUCUCUUGUCUCUCCUUCUUUGUGUUGUUCUGAGUCUCUCACGCCUUUGUUCAGUUCAGUGUAUCGGCUGCUGCUUUCACCGGAAUCGUUUGAUUUGGGUUCUGCUGCAUUUUCUCCGACUCUACUUCAGGUGCAAGACACUAAUAGGGAAAACUGUCCAGUUGCGUGACAUGUGAAUAUUGUUGUUGUAACAUAGCUGGAGUAGACGUCAUAGUUCGUGUAUAUCAAACUCUCUACUGACUUUUACGUAAAGAGCGUAUAUUGAUAUUUGGGUUGGGAUCGAAUUAAGCGGGAGGGAGGCGAUGGAUACUGCCAGAGCAUGGCUGAGUAAGUUAAAGUCUAAAGGGAAGGAGAAAUCCUCGAAAAAGAAGGAAACUGCUAGAAGUAAUGUAAAGGAUGGACCCAAAACAGCUGGAGGUGAAGAAGCUGUGUCAAAUGUAACAAAGCAGAAGGCUGCAGCUGCGAAACAGUAUAUUGAAAACCAUUACAAAAAACAAGUGCAAAGUCAGCAGCAAAGAAAGGAGAGACGUGAUAUGCUGGAAAAUAAGUUAGCUGCUGCAGAAGUCUCUGAGGAAGAGCAAAAGAAUUUGCUUAAGGACUUAGAGAAAAAGGAAACGGAAUACAUGCGCCGACAGAGACAUAAAAUGGGAACCGAUGACUUCGAGCCAUUGACAAUGAUAGGAAAGGGCGCUUUUGGAGAGGUUAGGAUAUGUAGGGAGAAGGGAACAGGCCAUGUCUAUGCGAUGAAAAAGCUUAAAAAGUCUGAGAUGCUUCGUAGAGGCCAGGUGGAACAUGUUAAAGCAGAGAGAAAUUUACUUGCAGAGGUUGACAGCAAUUGCAUUGUGAAACUGUAUUGUUCUUUCCAAGAUGAAGAGUAUUUGUAUCUUAUUAUGGAGUAUCUACCUGGUGGAGAUAUGAUGACAUUACUUAUGAGGAAAGACACACUUACUGAAGAUGAGGCAAGAUUUUAUGUUGGGGAAACAGUCUUAGCUAUUGAGUCCAUUCAUAAGCACAACUAUAUCCACAGAGAUAUCAAGCCUGAUAAUCUGCUACUCGACAGAAGCGGUCACAUGAAACUAUCAGAUUUUGGAUUGUGUAAGCCAUUAGACUGUAGUAUUCUUCAGGAAAAAGAUUUCAUAGUUGCACACAACGUUAGUGGGGCUCUACAAAGUGACGGCCGCCCUGUGGCACCAAGACGCACCCGCUCCCAAAUGGAACAACUGCAAAACUGGCAGAGAAAUAGAAGAAUGCUUGCUUAUUCUACAGUUGGAACUCCUGACUAUAUUGCUCCAGAAGUUUUGUUGAAGAAAGGAUAUGGAAUGGAAUGUGAUUGGUGGUCUCUCGGUGCGAUCAUGUAUGAAAUGCUUGUGGGGUUUCCACCAUUUUAUUCAGAUGAGCCAAUGACAACUUGUAGAAAGAUAGUAAACUGGAGAAAUUAUUUAAAAUUCCCGGAUGAGGUUAGGCUAUCACCAGAAGCCAAGGAUCUUAUUUGUAAACUUUUAUGCAACGUAGAACAAAGGAUUGGAUCAAAAGGAGCAAAUGAAAUUAAGGAACACCCUUGGUUCAGAGGUGUUGAAUGGGAAAAAUUGUAUCAAAUGAAGGCUGCUUUUAUUCCCCAAGUCAAUGACGAGUUGGACACUCAAAAUUUCGAAAAAUUUGAAGAGACUGAUAAGCAAGUUCCGAAGAUGUCGAAAUCAGGUCCAUGGAGAAAGAUGCUCUCAUCCAAAGAUAUUAAUUUUGUGGGUUAUACUUACAAGAACGUUGAAAUCGUAAACGAUGAUCAGUUACCAGGGAUAGCUGAACUAAAGAAGAAGAGCACAAAGCCAAAGCGGCCAUCAAUUAAAUCCCUAUUUGAGGAUGAAUCAGCCAGUAGCACCACUAGUCACCAAGGAAGCUUCUUGAAACUCUUGCCAACACAGAUGGAAGUUCCAGAGAAAGAAGGCAAAUCCAGCUCAUCUAGUGAAACCCUAUCAUCCUCAGCCACGCGUUUCGACAAUGCCACGGCCUGAACCAGACUCUUUGCUACACUUUGGUCCUGGUUAACACAGCAAAAGACAGGUUGACGUGGCGGAUUUAUGGUUGGAGAAAGUACAGUUUCCUUUGGGAGAUGGAUUGUUUGAUUGUUGAUAGAGAAAGUUAAAAGGAUUGUUCAACAUAGGAUAAUGUUUUUGGUCAAUAUCUUCUUUUGUUCAAAAGGUUUUUUUAGUUGAAGGAAAAAGAAAGUAAAUAUUCCUCUUUCGGAAUGGGUUUAUUUGUUUGAUUGUUUUGUUUGGGUUUCUUUUGGUAAAUCACAAUUUGGUUUGUACCACACAGUUCUAAUUAAAAAGAGGAUAUGUUUUUAUUUC